AUGGGUGCAAUGCACGGCAAGUCGUCCGCCUGUAUCACAAGUCUCGAGUACAACAGCGAGCUGGAAGAACAUAUCGACAGCCUAACCGAGUCCGGGGCCGUGUCCGAAGAUGAGAUCAAACGAGUCAUAGCCCGACUGUGCCAAAAUAUGGUGCAGUUCACUGACUUUAUGAGGCUACGUACUAACGAAGAGAUGGAACUCUAUGUUUGGAAAAGCUUUUUGCGUCCCAUCAAGGCUCUGAUGAAGCUCCCGCAUCCGCAAGGGAACUUUGUAGCUGCCCGAAUGGUCCUAUAUCUUGCAUACCAGAUCCACCAAACCCUCGAUGAAAAGGAGUACCUGCGCCAAGCCGAUGCCGAAAAAGCUACUAUGCCUCUAUGCCAAUUAUGCAUCAAGUUGGACGAAACUCUUCUUAAGGCCUUGAGGAAUAUUUGGAAAGCUAGUACCGACUUUGAAGAAGAUUUCAACUGGGUCUUUGUCGAUGAUAGGAUUCAUCUAGCACCUGGAGAGGUAGCCAUGGACGAUAAUGACCUGAAGAUCGCGCAAGCUCUAUCGCCCUCCGAGCGCACUCGGGUGUCCAAGGAGAAUGGUGUAGAAUACGCCUAUUAUUCGGAUCCAUUCGGCGUCAACAAAGCCAACCCUACACCCUAUAAGGGUCCCAUACCAAGAUGGGAUUGUGGCCAAGAAGACACUGACAGUUUCAUAUGGUCUACUAAGAGUUCCGAUGGACCGAUCCGACUAGAAAUCUCCUAUGAUGUCAGAAUCCCAAGAGCGGGAUAUAAUGGUUUGUCCCCACCGGACAGUAGUAUCCCUAUGUUUCGUCGAUCCAAGCAGUUUUGCCUUGAUGCACGGCAGCUUUCCGAAGCUGAACGGCGCAAACAAGUGCAUUUUGUACUCGACAAAAUUGUCAGAUAUUACAAAGUGCCUCCAGAGAUACACUAUCAGAUCCUUGAAUAUCUUCCAUACCGCGAGGCAUUCCCAUAUAUCCAGAAACUCGAUCUCGUGGCAGCGUAUGCUCCCUUUCCAGCGGCCAGUGGACUUUGCGAAGACUGCUGUAAAGGACCAAAGUUGUCGUGGCUGAGACGAACAUGCCCAGGCUUAUCCAUAUGGAUCUGGAAUCUUCCACUCCGCUGUUUUCACGUUUUUCAUCUCGGCCAAUAUAGAAAUUGGACGUUGUGUGCUCAUGGUGCUGAGUGUACAGGUCAUCAUGACAGCCAUGAUAGAGAUUGGAUUGUUGAGCGAGGUCCCGGUCUAAGUUUGUUCAUAGAGAGGGAGAUAUCAAGAUUGAAUGAUGAGUUUGUGUCCCUGGAUCAGGUUGGACUAGGUCCCGCUCUGAAGAUCCGCCUCGACACAGAAGAAGAGGACAGGGACCGACAGCAACGGCUUGCAUUGGGUCAGGGAAUAUACCAAGACUCGGUAGAUGACUGGAAAAUGAGCGGCGGUCUAGGCGGUCUUGUAGAUUGCAUGCUUCAUGGCAGAGUGCUGGUCGGUGCUUGGGGUCGUGAUGGCGCGGAUAAGGGAACUAUGCAAGUGCCCACCCAGUGGGCACAUGGCGGUGGUCUUAAGGAUCAAGAACGUGCCAUCCAAGCAAUCCGAGAUUUACAUGCCUGGCCUGGAUGCUGCGAGUGGUGUUGA